GUGUUCGCCGCCUCAUUGUUGGCUGCCGCUUACGUCAGCGCACGCUUUAUAAAGCUCACGCUACGUUCAAGGGAUGUAGCAGCCAUGUCUGCUUGGAGCACGCUCGCUCUCCUGGUCUUGGCUGCGUCCUGCGGCGCCGCCUUGGACUGCUCCUACGAGACUCUGCUCAGCCACCUGAAGCUCAGCUCCUCCAGUGACCUCCUGUCCACCAUGAGGCCCGUCAGAAACUGGACUGAAACCACCAGGGUGCGCUUGGACAUGCUGCUCUACGGCAUCAUCGACGUGGACGAGAAGUCCCAAACCCUCACGAGCCACGUGUGGAUCCAAAUGAUCUGGAAUAAUGACUUUCUCACUUGGAAUCCAUCUCAGUUCUGUGGGAUCGACAGGUUGGCUUUUCCCAAGUCCAAGCUCUGGGUCCCGGAUAUCAUCAUCCAGGAGGACACCUCGGACACGGGCAGCAUCACAGCCAGUUCGUUUGUGACGGUGUACUCCACCGGUAUGAUGCAAAUGUACAUUCGCCAGCGGCUGACCUCCACCUGCACCCUGGACCUUUACAACUUCCCCUUCGAUACGCAGAACUGCGAAUUCACCUUCCAAUCCAUGAACUUCAACGCUCAAAGUAUCAUGCUGGGGACCAUCAGCUCCGACGACUUCCUCAGCGACACCUCCGAGCAGAUCAUGGUGACCCGUGGGGAGUGGAAGCUGGAAUCCCUGGAGGCUGACAAAAAUAUGACGGGCCGGAACUCAAAAACGAGCCAACUGAUCUACCAGGUGAAAAUCUCCAGGAAGCCCAUGCUCUACAUCAUCAUCUUCAUCGUGCCGCUCUUAUGCCUGCUCUUCCUGGACUUGACGUCCUUCUUCAUCGACGAGGCCCGCGGUGAGAAGCUCAGCUUCAAAAUCACAGUGCUGCUGUCCAUCUCGGUCCUGCUGCUCAUUCUCAAGGACAUGCUGCCCUCCACCGAGGACAGCCUGCCGCUGAUUGCCAGCUACUGCAUCGGGGUCUUUGCCCUGGUGGGGUUCAGCGUGCUGGAGGCCAUGCUGGUGAGCUUCCUCAUCGACGUGGACAAGGCUAAGACGGCGCGGCGCCCCGACAACCCCCGCGUGGAGGUUGACGUUGCAGUGGAGAAGCAGAAAGAUCCUGUGAAGGACGUCGAUGGCGUGAAGCUCGCUGAAGCCCAGCGUCUUUCGGAGGGCGACCUGAUGAAGCUGCAGGAAAUCAGGGCAUGCCAGCGGGAAGUCGGAAAAGGGGACGGCGGCAAGCCAAAGCCCAGCUGCUACGGAAGAGCGGCUACAAUCAUAGACGCCGUGUACUUCUGCUUCUACGUUUGCACUGUUGGGAUUUUUAUUGCGAUGACGUAUGCCAAGUGGGCGCCACAGGGUUUUUUUGAUUGAGAGCGAUCCUAUAAUUAUAACAAUGUCACGUCUCACUCCCUGUUGUCCUGCUCGUUGAUCUAGGUGAUUGUUUUUUUUUAUAUAAAGGUGAUUUGUUCCAUACAUAAUGUUUGGACUGGUACAUGCUUGUCAUUAGGCUCCGCCUGCAACAGGGAGGAAGAAAUGUUUUAAAUAAAUAAA